AUGGCUACUAUCAAGGGCACUAUCUUGUUAGUGCUUCCUUUUUUAUAUGGAGCUAACGCGGAUUGGACCACGACCGUCAAUACCACUUUGAUUGUCCCCAACUCCGUUACUCCUGUCAUUGAUUUUGUUACACCUCCGCCACCAAGCUCAACGCCUCUCUCAUCAACUCGGACUUCAUCACUAUCCCCCUUUGACCAUGCAAAGAGUCAUAAGCUGAAGCUUACUUCCGUUGUCACUGUGCCUGACGGCCAAAUUCCCACUGUUCACUUUAGUUCUAUCGCCUCGACCACCAACACUGGAGCUGAUCCUGGCCAGUCCGUCACUUCGUCGACUAGCUCGGACUCAACUGGAUUUUAUACAGCCGGCUCCCCUACAGCCGGACAUACAAGCUCCAAGCCUCUCAUUCCACACGGAACUACAAAAUCGGACUCCCCAGCUAGGCCCACAAGCACGAAGCCAGAUGACCUAUACUCGACUACCUCAGGUUCCACUCAUGGUGGAUCCUCUGGCGGGACUUCGACGUCGAACUCAUCACACGGGUCUUCCAAUUCUCGCCCUAAUGGCCCGGGCUCAACUGGCUCUGAUACUUCAAGUUCCAAGCCACUCAUUCCUACUGGAUCUACAACCUCGGGCUCUACAGCUACAACCUCGAGCUCUAGCCCGAAGACCACCGCAGGUACCUCAACAUCGGAUGACACUUCAAGUUCCAAGCCACUCAUCCCUACUGGAUCUACAACAUCAGGCUCUACAGUUGCAACCUCGAGCUCUAGCCCGAAGACCACCGCAGGUACCUCAACAUCGGAUGACACUUCAAGAACCGAUGGAACAUCCUCUAGUCAACAGACAACAACCUCAGGUGAAGACGCAGGCUCCAGCACGACAGGCCGUUCCAGUUCAAUGCCGUUCGUGAAUUCAUCUGAUCGGAUUUCCUCGGUAGAUUUGGCAUCCGAGACUGAUCUCGAAUCUGCUAUAGCAGAGGCCACUGGGAGCAAUACUGCUAUUGCCGUUUUUGCGCCGACAGCAUCGCCGUCUCAGGAAGAAUGGGCCACUAUUCCGACCACCACUCAAACUGGAGGCGCAGUGACCACUACUUCUGAUAGUGCCACCACUAUCGCAGUUCUCUUGGGCAAUCCUUACAACAACAUUGAUGAUCUCAAGAAGGAUCCGAAAAAAUAUAAAGAUCGUAUUGAGGAGAUUGACGAUAAAACAUCCGAAUAUCUCUCAAAAACGGAUUUCGAUACAAGCAAAUCCCCCUGCUCAAGUUCCAAAAAGAGAUCUUUGGCAAAGAGAGGUCUUUUUGAUGCUGUUUCCAAUAUUGCAAAACAAGCUGUCGAUGCCACUGUGGAUACUGCUAAGGAUAUCGCUAGUUCUGCCCUUAGCUGUGUGGCACCAAUUGUGGAUGAUCUUACAAAAGUGAUCCCCGACGAUGUUGAUGAUAUAAAUCCUGAAAUUGAGGAUCUAGUCAAGAAAGGAACGGAGUAUCUUGUGGAGAUCAGUAGUAUUGUGGAGAGCAUGGAGGAGAAGGAAGAAGACGAUCAACAUACAUCGGAAUCUCAAUCUGACUCGUCGACCACUUCCGAAUCUACAACAGCUACUUGUACUUCAAGCACAACAUACUCCGAUUGCACCUGGGAUACAGUUGUCAGUCAAGUUCCCCACUCGGACACUACUACAAUUAGUGUGAUUACCAGUACUGAGUCAUGUACGACACGAACUGCUUGUGACGCUACCCCGACUACAUUUGAGACAACAUCCACAUACGCUGCAUGCUCUCCUCGUCGUUAUAGAAAAACUGCUUCCGGGAUUUCACACACUCUCACUGCCGACCCUACUACUACCGCAAGCCCUGGUGCUGGUGGCUCUACAGCAACAACGUCAACAGCUCCCUUGACAUCGCCUCCCGGAUCAUCAACCAAGACAACAGAAUCGACUAAAACAACUGGAACUUCUGACAGUCCCGCCACCACAACGGGACCCACAUGCAGUAUGAUCCAUCUUGUUGAUCAUAGGGCCGCAGAGGAUUACUGUGUUUUCGAUUGCAGUGACUAUACUGGUACCUAUAGUGUUGCUAGUUCAACAUCUGGUCAGAAAGACUGGAAAGUAUGCCCCUGGUCCCGACCGCCUUCAGACUCAGAUCUGUCAUGGACGCCAGGAAAUAAGGGUUCUUUUACUAGUACAGCAAAUGAUGGCAUUGUCUACUCCUGUGACGACUCUCGCUACGUUGACAAUUAUGUCGGACAAGCCAAGUCCUGCGUGACCUCGAUGGAAUCCAUUACCCAGAUUACCUCUAUAUAUACAGCAUAUACUGCCUCUGUCGAAUCAGCAGCAUCUGCAUCACGAUCCAGCGUUAGUGCUUCGGAAGCGAGUGCGUCGAGGGCCUCAGCGUCGUCAGCCUCGGCAGCAUCAGCCUCCGCCGCUGCAGCUACUCCGAGUAGUUACGUUUUCAUUUCCAAGGUAUCAAAUAGUGGUGACGGCCUUACCGAAGGUGGAUACCCUGGUUAUGAAGUAACCAGCAGUGAAUAUUCCAAUCCUGACAUCUGUGAUCUGACGAUUAUUGGGUCGGAUAACGCUUUUGGAGACAGUCCGCCAGAUCUUGAUAUUGAUGGUGGAGAUUUCGAGGACUGCAAAUAUGACAGUGACAGUCAAACCGUCGAAUGUGACAAUUUCAGUCUGCCCUGUAGUGAUGAUGAGGAGGCUGUGAGCUCGCCUUAUACGAACAAUUGUGACUCUACAGUCAAGCUUGUUUGUCAUCGUGACUUAUCUGAAUAUGAGUGA